CCAACAUACACGCGCGCACUGACUCACACACACACUCACUUCCGGACACGACUGUGCCAAUCCAGUCCUCAGUGUGUGUUUUAUCAUGCAGCUCGCGCAGAUCCACCAGUUCACAGGACUAAAGGACUGAAGGACUGAACUUUAAUCCGCGCUCGUGGGAGAGACUCGUCCAGGAUUUCUCUCUCUCUGCCCGGUUUGAGUGACAAAGGCGAUCCCGUGGGAAAAUCACGCGCCUUCACAAAAUGGAUAAAGGAACGGGACUCCUUCGUCCUGUGAUUUUGUUUUUUGCUCUUGUGCUGUUCAGCGAGGGCCGUGUGGUGAAGGUGCCAGUCGGUCCUCUGGUGCAUGUCGAGGGACAGGCCGUCUCCAUCCGCUGCAACGUGUCCGACUACCAGGGGCCCCGGGACCAGGAUUUCGAGUGGUCCAUGAUCCAGGCCGGUGAUAAAUUGCUCCAUCUCGUCUCCACCUUCGACGUUAACUUCAUGGACCCCUCAGUGAGGGACCGGGUCAACAGCGGGGACAUCAGUUAUAAGAAGCUGGGUGAUGAUUCAGCGGAGCUCAGGUUCAAGAAGGUGCGAGCGACAGACAGCGGUGUGUAUCGCUGCAGCACCCCGAGCACAGACUCCGUCAUCAGCGGGAACUACCAGGCCGAUGUGGAGCUCAAGGUGAUCGGCGACAGUCUGAAGGUUUCUCCCGCCAUUCCCAAGCCCGCGGUGUCCGAGGGAGAACCCGUGGAGCUUCAGUGCAACGCGACGCGAGGCUUCACAGAGCACACCUUCCUCUCCGUGUCCUGGUCCAUCAGGAGAACCGAAACCGGCCCGCUCGAGGACAUCGUGACAUUCGGGCCGGACGAUAAGAUCACAGUAGGCAGCAUCUACACGCAGCGUUACACAGACGGGGGGCUGCGCUUGGACCUUCGAGGAGGGGGAUUUUACGGACUAGUCCUGAAGAGAGCGAAGCCGUCAGACCAAGGGGAGUACGUGUGUGCGGCCCAGGAGUGGGUGAGGCAGGGGGAGGAGGGAAGAAGAUGGAGGAAGAUCCUGGAGAAGUCUGUGGAGAUGGGGAAGGUCGUGGUUACGCCCACAGAUCUGCAGUUCAAGGUGACCCUCACGGCCUCUGAGAACCCCCAGGCCACCGGUGAACCCGCUGAACUGCUCUGCCAGGUGCUCGACCUCCUCCACCUUCAAGAUGGCCGCCUGGCCGUGACCUGGUCGUACUCCACAAACACGCCAGGAGACGUGUCCCAGAAGAAGCUCAUGAUAGCCUCCCUGAAUGAGCAAGGAGCGCUGAUCCCUGGGAACGAUUACGAGAAGAGACUGUUCAGCGGGGACAUAGCGGUGAGCAGGAGAGAGUCCAACGUCUUCGUUCUGCGAAUGCUUCAGACUCGAGACGCCGACAUGGGCUCUUAUUCCUGCGCGGUGAACGCAUGGAUGCCCACUCGGCCAGCCGGAUGGGAAAAAGCGAAGGAGGUCGAGUCCACUCCUGUUUCUGUUCAGUGGACACCUCAGAUUCCAGUUUUGCGAGUAGUAGCCCAUCGUGUGAGAGAAGCUUCGACCGGUGGAUCCACGUUUGAGAUGACCUGUCAGGUGACGGGCCAGAACCUGAGGAACCCCGGCUACACCGUUCUCAUCCGGUUUGAGGAGACCUCGGGAGGCAAGUCCCGGAAAGUGCUUUCGCUCAGCCAGGACUCGGUUCUGCAGUCGGAGGAGUGGAGCGAGCCGAGCCGGGUCGACAGCGUGGUUCUGGAGAAGACCGGGCAGCUGGAGUACCGCUUCCGCCUGUACGGGGUCCAGGUCACGGACCGCGGCUUCUAUUACUGCGACGUCACGGCCUGGACUCGGGAUCAGAACCGAGAGUGGGUCAAAGCCGUCAGCGCCGAGUCCAACAAGAUUGAGAUUGCCUUUGUACACACAGGUCCAGUGUUCAACAUAUCCAUUCAUUCAGAAGCAAACACUGUGUUACCAGGAGACACCGUCCAGAUGAAGUGCAUCAUUUCCAUACUGGACGCUUCUCCUAACACUGGUGACGAGGCGUUUGACGUGCGCUGGUUCCAGAGCUCCAGCUGGGCCGUGGAUAACGGAGGAGUGCCGCUCAUCAGCAUGGACCGCUGGGGGGUGGUGAAGAGGAGCUCCAACCACAGCAGCCUGGAGCGCACCGACCGCCACACGUUUGUCCUCAGCCUGCACAGGACUCAGGACAGGGAUGCGGGAGAAUACCACUGUAGCGCCACUCCCUGGCUCCUGUCCCCCGCUACUGGAGCCUGGGGCCGCGAGAACGACAUCACCUCGGCGUCUACAUUCCUCUCCGUACAGAUGCAAUUGUGGGAGUCUCUGAAGAUGCCGGUGGGAUACGGUAUGUUUGCUGCUGUGAUCGCUGGGCUGCUCUCAGUGCUGCUGGGUCUACUCGUCGCACACUGCUGUUUCUCCAGGAACCCCAUGCACACUCCUCGCCCCCGGAACAAGCUCAUGGACCUGGAGAUGGACUAAACCAGCCCUCCGUCCCCGACC